GUAUUGUAGAGUAGCGCGAAGAAUUGUAACGACCUUUGUCGCGGAUACCCGGUUAAUCGACUACAACUCUCGCGCCAGAUGAUUUUGAUUUGUCCAUUAGAUUGCAUUUGUAGUUGAUUACUGAAGAACUGUAUUAAUAAGUAGCCGUUAAUCGGAUAAGUUAUUUUGGAAUGAAAGGUUCAUCUCGAGUAAAAGUUUAGUUGUAUAUUUAAAAGGAAAAAAAAAGUUGUGAAAUUAAAAAUAAACUCAUGGACAUUGACUUAUUGUUUCUCUUGUCAAGUUCGAAUGUGCACAGGUGUCUAGAGAAGGAGGAUAACGGACUGGUAGUGGGGCUGAACCACUGUGAAGAAGGAGUAGACUAAAACUUGUUAGCUGUAACGGUUGUUGUUAUUGUCGAGCCCGUCGCCGCGACGGAUUGAAUAGACUUUAGCCGCGCGUGAAAUAAAUUCAACUUAUAUAUCUGCGGACGGGUUUCUUGAUAGAAAGGAGAACGAAAAAAAAAAAAAACAAACAAGUCGGUCACUGGGUGCAUUGAUAUUUCAACUCAAUAUUGUAUCAUUAGUUUUUGUGAUUACAGAACUCUUAAAUUAAUACAAGAUAUUGAUUUAAUUACAACUUUAUUCGAUAAUUAAGAUCAAUAUUACUGUUAAUCACUACAACUCAUUGCAGCGAAUUGAAAAUUCAUAAACUAAUUUAUUAGUGAAAUUAGUGGAAGCAAAUAUAAUUUCAAAGCGUAGUAAAGACAAUUAAAGAUCAUCAUACACCAGACGGAAUGCUCGACUUUGAACAGCAGGCCAAUCAGGCACAGGCAUUGGCCUCGCUCGACGAAGACUGGCACCUGCUUGAGGACGCCAAAAUGAGACUUGAAGAAGACUUGGUUAUCCGCAGAAGUCGACCGACCAUGAUUUCUGCCAAGUAUCGAGCUAGAGAAGAGCGUCGACGCUUGUUGAAAAUAUCCGCUGGAAAACUUAAACGUAUCGAAGAUCCGGAAGCAAGUCUUUGCAGAUCUGUCUUAAUAAAUAAUGCUGUGAGACGACUUCAACGUGAAAAUAGAGAUGAUAAGACGAGAAAUUAUGGAUUACCUAUUGUCAGCUAUCUCGAUGAUUCGUCUAAAGAAAACGAUGUUAGUGGAAAUCUCAUCGUUGGAUCAGAAUCGGACUCAUCAAAGAAGAGACUGGGUGAAGACUUAAGAGGAAGUGAGAGUUUGAGCCCUAAACGCCAAAGGCAUGAUGAUUUGGAUCUUCAAGAUGACGUAUUCAGUGACUUUUAUAUCUUGCCUCCCACUCCAAGACUUCUUUCACAUAUAGAUGAUCUACCCGAACCACAAACAGAACAUUCCCUACAAAAUUACCACGAUAACCGACUAGGAUCAACCAGCGAUACUCGUUCUACAACACCUAGCAGUCUUUUUAGCCCAGACAUAGUGGACACCUCACAGUUGUCAAUUGGUCGACCGACAGACUUGAACCUGAUGGACGUAACGGAUGUAGGAUGUGACAGCGAUCGGAUCUGUGACUUUGCAAGGUUUGCUGACUCUGCAAAGACACUAGAAGAGAGACUGGUAGAGUUGCAAUCAUUAGAUGAACACUUUGAUCUUUCUAAAAUCGAGAGAAAUAACAAUCAAAGCUGUGGCCGAGCUUUCCACGACAUUCAGACUUUCCAUAGUCUUGUCCCUGGUCUUGAAACCUAGAGGAGGAUAAAAUCUAAAGUUUCGUCGGAGGCGCAGACGCGACUCUAAAUUUUAAAUGCGUCUGAUUAUACUCCGACAUCUUACUCACAACCCAGAAGUGAGAGACUGCUCUAUCGGAAUACGAGACUGGAUAAUAUGAGUCGGACCAGGUCAAAACGACGUCAGAGAGUUCAUCCUUUAAGUAUUGGGAUGUUAGAGAGGACCAUGAACACUAAAUCGUCCAAGUGGAGGAGAGACUGCCUUAAUCGGAUCACACGGAUAAAACGUCGUUCAUCGACCGUCCGCAGUUCGAAUCCGUCUAGCUAAUUCGUAAACUUCGGCAGCCGACGUUUACCUUGAUUUAUCAAGUGUUUCUAACCAUUUAUUAAGUUGUUGCUCAAGUUUUUUUGCCACUCAUUUUAUAACUAUUAAUCUCAUAUAAUAUUAUAGCUAUUUCUAUGAGAUGUUUUUAUUCAAUUUUUGAACCAAAUAUUCUAUACGAUACAACAUGGUCAUUUAUUACCCGAAAAUCGUUUUUUAAAUAUGCUUGGAAACAUCAAAAGGAUAGAUUUAUAUUUUAAAAAUAAGAAAAUUUUUGGAAUAAAUUAUAAUUUUGUUGUUAAAAUUUAUGAAAGUUUUCAUAAAUGUCAUUUAAAACAAAAAAAUAAAAAAAAAUAAAAAUACAACAACGUCAAAUAACUGGACUUUUGAUGAUUUCAAGCUGAAUCUACAAAGGUUGUACAAUAAUUUAUGUAUUAGAUAUGUGAAUGGAAAACUUUUGCAACACUUUAAUAAAAAGAGAGAUAUUUAAAAAAAAAAAAGUUUAAAAAAUAAAAUAUGAACGGAUGAGCCGUCGGUCGUUACGAAUCUUUAUUAUACAUGAUUAUUAUACUGUAUACACGUUUGUAUAUAUAUAGAAUAUUUUAAGAGCGUAAUUGUCUCGCGAGUAAUUUUUAGAUUUUCUUUGUGAGAGAUUUUCUGAUGAAAGAUUUUUCUUUAAAUAAUAUUGAAAUAAAUAUAAAAGAAAAUUUUAACCUCCAUAGAAAAACUAUAAUCGCUGAGACAACACGCGCGUGUAAAUAAAAUUAAAUAAAUAAUUAUAAUAAAAUAAAAAGUUAAAAAAAAUUAAACAGUCAAGAGUAGAUGCAACAAACGUAUCGAAAAUGACAUAUGGAAUUAAUCAAGAAUUUAUUAUUGGUGUCGUAUCACGACAGGGCCUUAGUUAAUUUUCGUUUUUAAUCAUUUUUGUUAUUUGUAUUAUGAUGUUCCAUUAUUUUUUAAAUGAUGAUGAUGAUGAUGAUCACAUACAAACGCGUAGCUAAAUAGAAUUUAAAUCAUACUAUAGCUUUGUCCCCGCGUCAAUUUUUCAACGGAACUGAUUCUAUAUAUUUAAUUAUUUUAAUAAUUAAUUUCCAUAAAGACACUUUUAAUCUUCAUUUCAAUUACAAUGAUUGAAUCAAAAAUUUGAUUCAAUUUGUUUAGAUAAUUAUUAUUGUUCUUAAUAUUUCUGUUCUGGUUUAACUUACAAAACCACUACAAGACUGUGACAAUUAGCAGUAAAUCGAACAAUUAAAAUAAUUCAUUAAUACUGUUCUUUUAUUUAAUUUUUGAUUUAAAUUCAGGGGCCAUAUCUAGAACAAUGAGUGAAUAUCCAGGUUGCAAACAAAUGACAAAAUAAACGAGUUGUAUGAACAAUUGUUGAAUACAAAAUUUUAUAAUAAAUGAAUUGAAAUAUUUUUAAUCGAAUAAAGAAAUGUGAUAAUUAACUUAUGGAAUUAAAAUACAAAAAUCAAUUAAUAAUUACAUAGCUAUAAAUUAUUGUCAAUAAACAGCCUGGUUAUCACUAAAAUCCAAGUUGAUAUUGCGCGGGUUAAAAAAUACACAGAAAAAUCUAAUCUUCCGUAGAGUGCCCGGAUCAUCCUCGAUUCGUCAGAAAAGAAAUAAUAACGACUGCGAGGAUGGUUCAAGAUGUUUGUAUAUAGCUACGUAAUUCCUUUGAAAUAACAAAAAAAUAGAAUAAAUAAAAAAUAGCUAUGUAUAAAGUUUCGUACAUUGUUUAGAUUUUUAGUAUACUAGAUAUCCAAAAUCAGUUACCAAUUAUUC